AUGGCAUUUCGAUUUAGAUAUAGAUUUAAGUUUAGCAGAGGCAAGGAACAGGCCCCUGGUCACUAUCUGGACCUCUGUCAGUUUCUGGGGUACCCAAUAGCAGAAGUGGUCCCACAACCCCAGGUGAUCAGGAAUGAUAACAUUUACUCCAAUGUUGAGAGUGUAUUGAUGCUUUGCAAGAACUGGCUAUCACCAAUAUCUUUGCAUGGUCAUCAUUCGCUGGGGUCAAAGUUUCUCCUGGACUUCCAGGAAGUAUCUCAUCAAAAACUGAAGCUUGAUGAAAUUCUCAAAAACCAAUCGCAGUUCUGGUCUUCAGUGUCGGGCAAACUCUGUCUUCGAGCUGUAGUGCAGCAGAACCCUGCAUCCAGGAAAGCAACAUGUGCUCAGCCAACACCAGAGUCGCAUCCUCAUCUCCUGAAGGAAGGAGAAGUCAACCCAGGCAUUCUCCUGAGUGAAUAUCAUACCAGACGUAGAAAUUUCAUAAAUGGUAUUCACCGUUGCUCCAGGGAGAAAUUUACAGCUCAGAAAGACCAACUUGUGAUUGUGGUUGCAGCCCCUGUCAGAUACAUGGCUGAAAACAUCCCAUAUGUAUUUAGACAGAGCUCUGACUUUUUGUAUCUCUCUGGAUGCAUGGAGCCCAGCAGUGUACUUUGUUUUCGUAGCUCAUGUGUUGAUAAUUUUGAGACUACUCUUUUCCUCCCAAUCCCAAGUACCUCUCAGGAGAAAUGGGAAGGUCCUAGAACUGAUCCUGAGGCUGCUCUCUCAUUGUUUGGAGUGGAUCAAGUUCUGCCUCAGCAUUCAUUAAUUCCAUUUUUGAAACAGGAACUGAAGAAAGACAGUGUGAUUUGGUACAACAAAUCUCCAAUGAAUGAUUCAAUAGGGAAGAAAGUUGAAGCCCUUAUUGAAGGCCAUAUUCUGAUGGACCUCCAGUUGGUGUUACAUGAACUUAGGCUUUUCAAGUCUCCAGCUGAGAUCUCCCUGAUGCGAAAGAGCUGUGAUAUCAUCUGUGAUGCUUUUCUAACCUCUAUGAUGAGAAGAUGUAAGAGUGAAUGGGAGAUAUGGGCACACACUGAUUAUGAAUGUCGACUGAGAGGUGCUCCAUUAGCAUUCCCACCUGUGGUUGCAGGUGGGCCUCGUGCAACCAUCAUCCAUUAUACCAGCAACAACCAACUUUUUCAAAAUUCAGAUCUGUUGCUGAUGGAUGCUGGAUGUGAUCUUCAUGGUUAUUGCAGUGACAUGGCAAGGACAUGGCCUGUUGCUGGACAAUUUACUCCUCCCCAAGCCAAGCUAUACAGAAUUGUUCUUGGCAUCCAAGAACAGUUACUAACCCUUUGUGCAGAGCAUAUGGACCUCAAUGCCAUCUUUGAUAAUAUGUGUCAAUAUCUUGGAUCUGAACUGCAGCAUCAUGGACUGUUGAGUCCCCGUCUGUCUGUGAGUGAUGCUGCCAAGGCUGCAUAUCGAUUAUGUCCUCAUCAUUCUAGUCAUUAUCUUGGAAUGGAUGUUCAUGAUACAAGUACUAUCUCCCGGAGUCAACUUCUCAAGCCAGGAAUGGUCAUCACUGUUGAACCUGGGAUCUACAUAGAUUCAAAGGAUACUUCUGUCCCUGAGGAAUUUCGUGGAAUUGGGAUCCGAAUUGAGGAUGAUGUUUUGGUGACUCAAGAUGGAAUUGAGAUAUUAACAAAGAAAUGUCCUAAAUCUGUUUCUGAUAUCGAAGCUCUGUGUUCCUCUCACUCCUGA